CUGGUACUCAACAGCGUCGCCCCUCGUUACUACCCAGCGUUACUCCCGGGGAAACGGCUGGUACUCCCCAGCGUUACUACCGGGGAAACGGCACGCGCCGGCAAGUCGUGUGCUCACAGCCGCAAUCUUACGGCCGCUUACUUGGGAGCAAGCCCUAUUGCGCACAGCGGGUCUUCCAUGUAAACCAGCCCCCUGCUGGUUUGCGCCGCAGAAAAGCCACGUGGAGCGCCGAUGGGCGCGGCGCUGACUUUCCUUCAAACUUACGUUUCUUCCUUUUUUGCUGGCCGACCCGAUCAGGGGAACUAGGUUGGCCAUGGUGGGGGGAGCUGAGGGCCUUCUCCUCCGGCGCUGCCGUAGGCUAGCGGGCGCUCUCCGCGCACAUGGGCAGUGGCGGUGGCGCCGCUCCGGUACCUGUUUGGCUCUCGCAGGCAGGCGGGGCGUUGCAAAGGUGGAGCAAGGAGAGCCUAGUGAGGCGCCGCUGGGCAAGAAGGCAGAGCAGCCCGAAGGAGCCGUUCAGAGGAGCCCAGGCAAGGGCGAGGGGGCAGGCGCGGAACUCGGGGCUCUUCAUGAAGAGAGCGCAAGCAAAUGCAAAUUCGGGGCGACACCGGAUUCCGGCUGCUAACUGGGGACCACGCAGGACAAAGGAGAGCCCGGACUUGUUAGGUGGCACGCUGUUUGAAACCGGUGGUGUGGUUGGAGGUGCAAUGGGGGCUCUCCUCUUCCAGUAUGUUGCUCAGAACUGUUAUUUAUUUAUUUAUUACAUUUAUAUACCGCCCCAUAGCCGAAGCUGUCUGGGCGGUUUACAGCAAUUAAAAACAAUAGAAACAAAUAUUGUUAUAGUAAGUUGGACAGGCUGCAUCUUUGAAUGUUUGCUGCAGAGCCACGGAGAGAACCGCAGGAGGAGUAAACUCCUCCUUCAACGCAGCGAUAUCUCUUCUGCUACAGGAAACUUACUAAAAAGGCGGUCUGAAUGGGGACGGUUACUUGGAGAAAGCAGGGGAAGUCUGCUCCUUUGAUUGGUGGGCAACAGACAUGUGACUCACAC